UUCGAGAUGAACCGUGUCUACUUGAGAAAUCGUCUGCAAAAUUCCGAUAUUUAACGGCAUUUAUUUUUAAAGAUGACUACUAAAACUCGAAUAAUGUUGCUUAGUUGUGGUUCAUUUAAUCCUAUUACAAAUAUGCAUCUCAGAAUGUUUGAACUUGCUAGAGACUACCUACAUUCCACCGGUAUUUAUCAAGUUAUUGGAGGCAUUAUAUCCCCUGUGAAUGAUGCUUAUGGUAAGAAAGGCCUCUUGCCAGCCAAGCAUCGAUGUGAAAUGGUGUAUCUAGCACUUCAUUCCAAUGACUGGAUCAAAUUAGAUUGCUGGGAGAGUGACCAAACUUCUUGGAUCCCAACUUUAAGAGUAUUGGAGCAUCAUCAAAACAUUUUGAAUUCAAUCACAAAUACCAACAACUCUGCUGCUACUGCUACAAAGAAACAAAAAUUGGAUGUUGAAAAUUUAAAUUCUGUAAAUAAUAAUGAGACAAAAAAAGAUUGGGACCUUAGUGGGGCUGCCAGAAUAAUGCUUCUGUGUGGAGCAGACCUACUACAAACCUUUGGAGAUGAAAAAAUUUGGAAAGAGUCUGAUGUAGCUCAAAUUGUAGGAACAUUUGGUCUUACUGUUAUUACAAGGAAUGGCUGUAACCCUGAGCGUUUUAUUUAUGAAUCUGAUGUCUUAUCAAAAUACCAGAAUAACAUCCACAUUGUUACUGAAUGGAUUUCAAAUGAAAUUAGCUCCACACAUAUAAGGCGAGCAUUACGUAGAGGGAAGAGUGUUAAAUAUUUAAUACAAGAUUCUGUUCUGCAAUACAUAAAAGAGCAUGGAUUAUAUGCUGCAGAAAAUAAGUAUCAUGUUACAUUUCCUGACAUCUGUGAUUCAAACUAUGAGUACUUAAAAAAGGUUUGUGAUGAUAUGUUCAUUGAAAAUGAGCAGGAAACUGCUGUAUGAACCACCAGAUACUUUUUUUGCUGCAUUGAGCUGAUGUUACUAUAAGCAUAAGAAAUUAUCUCAAAAAGAACAAGAUGCAAUACGUUCUUUGCUUGUGUUCCUAAAGGAUGGUGUUAUAUUGUGUUUAUGUGGUAAACUAUAUGAAUCUUGUACAGCAAGUUAAGCACCCUAUGUAAAAAGAAAAAAUGUUCAAAAUUUUAAAUAAAUUUGCUUAAGUUGUACAUAACUUAUUGUUAAAUCAUAGGUGCAUACCGGGCAGACUUUUCAAUAAAAAUAAAUAAAUAAAUAGAUAAAUAAAUAAAAAAUGCAAAGAUGUAUGAACAAGGAUUUUUGUUUCAAGCAAAUUUUUAAUUUAUUCAAAGCUACAAAAUACUUGAACCGAAUUCCAGAAUUUUUUUAGUUUUUUCCGGGACCUGACAAAGAGUGAGCAACUAAAAAACUUUGGCGACUAGUUUUUUAGAAAGCAUAUUUGACUGAAUUUGCCUAUAAGUUCAGAGAAAUAAUUUGACUGGAGCCUAAAAUAUUUUCCUGGCUCCUAAGAAUUUAGUUUUUGUCUCAGUCCUUGGUCAUUUCCCCUGUCUCCCUGCAGGCGCCUGUGUAGCAAAUUGCUGAGAAAAGUUAUUAUUUUUUGUGUAUAUAUAUAUAUGUA